CUGUCGGCUGCCUUUACAUCAGCGGCUCACACCGCUUCAGAAAUAAAGACCUAAAUAGAUCCAGAGCAUCUCACGCGCUGCUGGACGCAUCGGGCGCAUUUUCUCAUCAUUUCCAAACCGCACGCGCGCUCAUAAACAUGGGAAACCCGCGAGUUUUCUUUGACAUCACCAUCGAUGGAGCCAACGCCGGCAGGAUCGUGAUGGAGCUUCGGGCUGAUGUGGUCCCAAAAACUGCAGAAAAUUUCCGAGCUUUGUGCACCGGAGAGAAAGGUUUUGGGUACAAGGGCUCCACGUUUCACCGCCUCAUCCCUAAAUUCAUGUGUCAGGGCGGGGACUUUACCAACCACGAUGGAACCGGAGGUAAAUCCAUCUAUGGCGAGAAGUUUGCGGAUGAGAACUUCACGCUGAAGCACGCAGGCCUGGGCACUCUGUCCAUGGCCAACGCCGGCGCCAACACCAACGGCUCCCAGUUCUUCAUCUGCACCGCCAACACUGACUGGCUCAACGGGAAGCACGUGGUGUUCGGCAGUGUUGUGGAGGGCACUGAUGUUGUCAAGGCGAUGGAGAAGCAAGGCACAAAGAGCGGCACUCCCAAAGCCAAGGUCGUCAUUGCCGAAUGUGGCGAGCUGAAAUAGGGCGACAAAAGCUGCUCCAGUUCAGCCUGUUCCUGUCAGAAAUCCUCCACGUCCCGCCGAAUAUUUAAAAACGGUGUGUAUCUGCAGCAUCAGUAGGAAAACACCCGACUUUGUCCUCUAAAAGACGUUUGUCUGCAGUGUUGAUAUUCAUUCUGUUAUAUUUUGUAACCUCUUUGUACCCUUCUUUGUUAACAAAAAUCAGAAUAAAACGAUGCUGAUGGUGUAAAUAAAACAAACUGAAAGCUUG